AAGGGAGGGCCUUGACCCAAAACAACACCCAUUCCUUUUCUCCAGAUAUGCUGUCUGACCUGCUGAGUUACUUCAGCUUUUUGUGUCUAUCAAGGAUAGAAGAGGAUACAGAUCAGAUUUGAUAGUGGGAGGAGGCUUGAGGAACAUAAGCACCAUCUUAGAACAUUUGAGCUAAUGCUCUAUUUCCAUGCAAUACAUUAUAUGUAACUUUAUGUAAAACAGAUAAACCGAGGUCACAUUUUACCCCAAAACAGGCAUUCCCAUUUACAUAAACAUUACAUGAUAAUUAAUUAUGGAAAUAGAUUUUUUUUAAAACUAUUGAACAAAUAUAACUUGCGGCACGUGUAAACUCCUCCAGCAAGGUAUACGUCAAACUUGGUAGGUGUCACAUGGUGAACUGUUCAACAUUUUAAAGCACGUGACCAGUUAAUAAGCAUUUGUUUUACUCUUAAUAAGAACGGCUGUCACUUUAAGAAUGUGGAUGUUUGCAUCUUGGUCUCUUAUCGGUAUAGGUCCCCUGACCAUAGCCUCUGCUUCUUUCCUUUGUCUUUGCUGCGAUGAGACCACUCCUAUGGUGAGGAGAGGAGGAAAAAUCUAACUGCAGUUCGAGGCUAUCAAUGAGCUCAUUCUCUCCGGAGAGGGUGGGUUCAUUAGCAUUAGCAUCAGCAGACAGCCCAGCUGCUGGUGAUCUGAGAAGGCAAUGUGUUUAGAUCCAAGCUUUCCAGGCCUUUAUCUUCAGUGGACAUACACAUGAUGAUUGCUGCUUCGUUUGAUAAAUGGAUGGACAUGGAUGGAUGAAGGCUUUUGCACGGCACAUCUGGUGGCAGGAGGGAGCCAGGGAAUGUGAUACAGAAUGUGCUAGUGGAUUUGCACUAAAACAAAAUGGCAAUUUAUUCUUGAAUUAAAAAGUUAAACCAGGAAGAUCCGAAGAUGUCCAAGAAGGGGCGUGGGAAGGCUGAAAAGCCUGAAGCCCUAAUAGCUGCCUUGCAGGCUGCUAACGAAGAUCUCAGGACUAAACUGACUGACAUACAAAUAGAACUUCAUCAGGAGAAAUGUAAGGUUAGUAAACUUGAACGGGAGAAGGUACAAGAGGUAAAGCGCAUACGAGAACAAGAGCAGCACAAGCACACAGCGACGGUCACGGAAUUGAAAAGCAAGCUCCACGAGGACAAAAUGAAGGAACUCCAGUCUGUUCGAGAGACAUUGAUAAAACAACAUGACCAGGAACUCGCACGCACGAUCAAAAUCAAAGACCAAGAAAUGCAACGACUAAAGUCACUUGUGAAUUCACUGCGCGAUGGAAGCAGUGACAAAGUAAGAACAGCCCUGUCUAAUGAGGCCCGGGAUGAGGCUCGGAAAGCAUUUGACUCUGAGCGCCUCAAACUGCUGCAGGAGAUAAGUGAACUGAAAUCAACCAAGAAGCAGGUGGAUGAGUCACUGAGCAACAUGAUUCAGGCGGACAAGAUAAAAGCUGGGAACUUGAGGAGUGAGCAUCAUUCCCACCAAGAGGCAAUUGCCAAAAUCAAAUGGGAGUCUGAGAAGGAUAUCCGUCGACUGAUGGAUGAGAUUAAAGCUAAAGAUCGAACGAUCUUUUCCCUGGAGAAAGAGAUGGAGGUGCAGACCGGUUACUCACAGAAGCUGCAACUCCAGAAGGAGGCGCUGGAUGAACAACUCUUCCUGGCGAAGGAAGCAGAAUGCAACAUGGGCAUGAGCAGUCCGAAACGGGAGGUGCCUGGCAGUGCACGGGAUAACAUGGAUCACCCUGGCAGCCCGGACAUGCGGAGAAAUCAGCGCAAGAUUGCAGACCUUAACUCAGUCAUUCGGAAACUUGAAGAUAGGAACACAUUGUUGGUGGAUGAAAGGAAUGAACUGGUAGGUCGUUUAUGUCCAAAGUUCAUGAAUAUAUUUAUAUUUCAAUUUAUAACUGAUUGGUGCAUUUUCUUCUUUGUAUUCCUACAGAAAGAUAAGAUCGGCUCCCAUUUUCCCUUGAAGAAAUUACGCUCCUUAAAUGAUCUUGACCAAGCUCAUGAAGAACAAGAAGUUGAAUUUUUAAAGCUUCAGGUUCUCGAACAACAAAACAUCAUUGAUGAUUUGACCAGGGACCGAGAGCGACUGCUUCGCCGCAAAAGACACAAGCGAAACGCAAAGCAUAUCAAGAGACAUGUGGUGGAGACAUGUUUUGGGUUUGAUGAAGAAUCGAUGGAUUCAGAAACGUCAUCCUUGGCCUCCUACAGAACAGACAGGACACCAGCAACACCAGAAGAUGACCUGAAUGAAAGUCUGGCAGCUGAAGAAUCGGAACUUCGUUUUCGACAAUUAACAAGGGAGUAUCAAGCACUCCAAAGGGCUUAUGCAUUACUUCAGGAGCAGACGGGAGGGAUCCUGGAUGCAGAACGGGAAGCAAAGGCUCAUGAGCAAUUACAAACAGAAUCUCUCAGGUAUAAAGCUAAAAUUGACGACCUCGAAAAAGCUAUGGCACAGAAAGGACAGGAUUCAAAAUGGGUUGAAGAAAAGCAACUAUUUUUAAAAAGAAAUCAGGAACUUCUGGAAAAGAUUGACAAACUGGAUGCCGAGUUGAACCGAUUGCAACAAGAAAUUCAGGAUUCUCGAGACCAGAACGAGUUGCUAGAAUUUCGCAUUCUGGAACUGGAGGAGAGGGAAAGGAGAUCUCCUGCCUUUAACCUCCAGAUCACGCCUUUCUCCGAUGGCGUGAGUGCUCUUCAGAUCUACUGUAUGCAGGAAGGUGUGAAGGAUGUGUCCAUCCAUGAACUCAUCAAACAGCUGGACAUACUGGGAGAUAAUGGGAAUCUCAGAAAUGAGGAGCAAGUGGCGAUUAUCCAGGCAAGCACUGUGCUGUCUCUGGCUGAAAAGUGGCUACAGCAGAUCGAAGGCACGGAGGCUGCCCUUCAUCAGAAGAUGAUAGACUUGGAGAUAGAGAUGGAUAUGUUUUGCAAACAAAAAGGCUACCUGGAGGAGGAGUUGGAUUAUAGGAAACAAGCCCUGGACCAAGCAUACCUGCAUGUCCAAGAGCUGGAGGCAACACUAUACAAUGCACUGCAGCAGGAUACCGUGAUCAAACUGGGGGAAUCACUGACUGAGAAGCAAAAGGAUGACUUGCGAACUGCGGUGGAGAAGCUUCGACGUCAGAUGCUGAGGAAGAGCAGGGAGUACGACUGCCAGAUCCUGCAGGAGCGAAUGGAACUGCUGCAGCAAGCACAUCAGAGAAUACGAGACCUGGAAGACAAGACUGAUGGUCAGAAUCGGCAGAUCAAAGAUCUGGAAGAGAAGGGUACUGGACGGUUAAAAUGCUUCCAAGUCAGUAAAGAGUUCAUGUUGAAUUACCCUGUAUCUGGGACGAAUGGAAGUGAAGGAAAGCAGCAAAGAUUAUGCCUGAGGCUGUCUGCCGUUUAUGCCAGCAUCAUUACUCGAGAUUUAUUUUGCUUGACUCUCCAUGUUGAAGGAAAUUGCAAGUUACAACGUCUGUUGCAUUUAACAGCAACUGCAUUGCAAAUGAAGAGUAUUUUGAAGCAAAAUAAAACCACAUUGAUGGCAAUGAUACAUAAAAAGAAGUGUCUUAGACAUGGAACCAAAGUGAAGAAAAUCAAUUUAUCUCUGCCGUGCAGGGUAGCAUCAAAAUAUCAGAACACUACAGCAUUCAGGACUGAAGGAUGAAGACGUCACAAAGGGAAGGACUUACAAUUACAAAUUUGUAAUUACAUUUCUCAGAGAGCAAUUGACUCGCGGUGUAGAGAGGAACUGAAACUACACAGGGUCAAAAGACAUCACACAGAUUUACAGGGAUUUAUUCAUUUCUUCAGCAAUGGUAUCACUGAUGAGGGCAUUUCUUGACCAAGGAAGACAAGAUAGGUUAUUGGAAAGAAAGGAAGGAAGACUGGAUGGCACUUGGGGACUAAAGAUCUGAUGUGACCUCCUCGGGGAGGUUAGUCGUUCGUCGAGAGAAGCAUACCUGGACCCAGUUGAGCAGCUGAGGCAACGUUUAUGUGAACUGUCGUGUGAGUUUACGAAGAUUCAAGAUCUGUCCAUCUAGGUCCUGCCCUCACAGCUGCGAAUAUAUUAACUCAUUCCUAACUGCUUGCACCCAGGCUUUGAAAGAAGCUGCAUCUUACAGCGAAUCUGACCACUAGUGGUAAAAUCAAGCAGGUGCCUUUCAUUAUCUCACUGUGGAUUUAAUGUGAAAUUGACUUCCCUUUCCAAAAAAUCUAGAUUGUACAUGAUCCAAUUAGCAGUAUUAUCAACUUUCUCUAUUUUCAUGAUGAAUGGAAAGGUAAAUUAAAUUUAAAGUGAAGGUACAGUUGAAUCUGGUUUCUGCCUGUCCCGCUGAGUUACUCCAGCAUUUUCAGUCUAUCUUCUGGUAACUAGUAAACAGAUCACAAUUGAUGCACUGUAGUUUGUUCUGCUUUGAGCUUCCAGGUCUCAAUCCAUUUAAUUUAUGUGGGUCUUGGUAAUGCUUUUCCCAUGGACCUAUGAUUUACCACAACUUUAUUUAAUAUUUGUUUUAAUAUGGUUUGGAUAGAUUCAAUUUCAGGAAGUGAAGUUUCUGUGUAGGCUCCACCCAUUAAUAUCUUGUCAUAAGGGACCAAUUGAAUAAUUAUUCAAUUACUCACCAAUUGAAUAAUUUGAUGAGAAGAUGUAAGGGAAACAAAUAGCAUGAAGAUUAAGUGAUGUGAUCCAAAUAACAGACAACUGAACAGAAAGAAGUGGAAACAUGGUCAAAGUUAAACUUAAGAAACAAUAAGAGUGAAUCUUAAAAUGAAAUGAUUUGGUCACAUAAUGUAAAAGAGAACUUUUACGAAUAUUUGGAGGAGAUGACCUGCAGGUAGAUUGCAUGCUGUAUGGUGUCCUGGAUCCUACUUAAUAAAUAGACCAAGACAUUUGUGUUGGUUACACGCACUAAAACAUGACAUCAACAGAACUGAAUGUGGCAAAAGUGAGCCCAAUCAUCAGUUGUCACCUAUCCAUGUUCUCCAGACGAGGAAGGGUCCUGCUCAUCUACUCAUGUUCUCCAGAGAUGCUACCUGAACCAUUGAGUUACUCCAGCACCUUGUGUUGUUUUUGUAAUUGAUUUUCCUUGUUGUAUUGGUUUAGUGUUGGCAACCACGAGUGCUCUCCUCUCCCUUUUCUAGAUGCACUAUUUUGUUGCAUUGUACAAUCUGGGAUAGGUUCCUUUCUCUAUUCUGAUUUUCUUGCUUUUUUAAAAUAUUUUAAUCUCUUUCCAGCUUUCCUCCACAUGAAUCAGUAUUUUUUUUUAAUCAUUCCAAGCGCUGAUAAUUAUUUUAGUUAAUGGUGGUAUUUAAAAGUAUUGUAUGGACAUUAGGGAGAAUAACAUGGAUUUAGGGUUGAUAUAGACUGGCUGUACCCGUUGACAUGGUCAGACCCACACAGAAACUGGGCAGGAAACAGCUAAUCGCAAUAUUGUGGAGAUCUAUCCUUUGUUCUUAUUACCCUAUGUAAGUCAUUUGUGCUUGUAGAGGAUUCCACUUGAGGCUGGGAGAGCUAAUGAAGAGAACAGCCAUGUCAAAUACACAUGGACAGUGCUGAGGAUCUUCUUUUGAAAGAUUGUCCACUUCAGUCCAAAAACAGCCUGAAUAACUCAAUGUAAUUCCACGAUUGCCCAAUUUACUGGCUGAAGAAUGCUCUUUGCAGCAAUACUAGGCAUCGCAACACUGCAACACAAAUAACACAAGGUGCUGGAGUAACUCAACGGGUCAGGUAGCAUCUGUUGCAGUGUGAAUGGCCUAGUAUUAGAGAGUGAGGUGUGGCUCUUAGGAUGCACUCAAAGGCCACCACAACUUUGUCUCAGUUAGCUAUCUCGAUAUAGAAUCAUAGAUAGCUGCAAUGCAGACUAGGCCAUUCAGUCCAAUGUGUCUAUGCUAGUUGAUAAACAGCUAACUAGCUCAAGCCCACCUUCCAGCAGCUUGAUCCAUAGCCCUACAGGUGGAGUGCACAUCCAGGCACACUUUAAAUGUGCUUGCCUCUCCCCUCUUUCAAUCAUUGUUCCAAUUCCCUACAUACCAGAUUAAAAAAAUGUAUUUCAGGGGGCAGAGAUAGUGCAAUUGAUACCAAGCAUUCAAAAGAAUGAUCACAUUGACAUGUGCAACAGCCAAAUAGAUUGAGCCUUGCUGCCUCCAUAUACCUUGCUCCUUUGUUUUCAGACAUGCUCUGCUCCUCCUCUCCCUACAUCAGGUAACUCAACUGCCACAUCUGGAGUAUGUUUUGUCACACUAACCCAUAUUUCUUACAUUGGUGUUCAACUGGCACUGAAGAUUACCAUCUGCCCAGCACUGCUCCAGAGUCUUCUGGACUUAUCAUUUUGUCUUCCGUGUGAUGCAAGCAUUCGUGGAAGCAUAAAAAAAAGCUGUGUAUUUUUAAUUUUCUUUAAAAUUGUUAUUUAGUAGGUAUACAAAUAUUGAAAAUGCAAAUAAAAAUCUGUUUGACUACAGAGCCAGGAGAUGAAAUCUCCAAGAACAAUGAGUUACUACUGACUUUGGUGGAAAGGAGAAAAACAAAACAAGGAAGGUUUUUUAUCCUUCUACUUUCUUAAUGAACCAUUAAAUCUCUGGCUCAGAAUCUUAUCAGGUGAGUCUAGUCUUUGAAUCUGUGGCUCACCUUCCCCCACACUGACAGGCACUUCCAGUUACGAAUGAGUUAAUAUAUCCAGCAGGACCCAGGCAAAUGAUGAAAAUAUUAUUUUGCAAAACUUAAUUAAGCAAUUAAAAUGAUGGUUUGCAGAAACUCUGCCACAGAUCCUAUGUACAAUAUCUCAGGGGGUCUGUGAGCAGCUGUAAUAAAAUGUAUUAAUGUGUAGAUGAAUAUUAAUACCAUGUUAUGUUUAUGAACGGUUAUUUUUUUAAUUUAUUAUUGACACUAUUUAAACAAGUAUUUAGUUGGAGUUUGUAUAAAGAAAUAAAAAAACAUGUUUUUUCCUAUAAUUUUGUAUUAAUUUGCCUCCUCUCUUCCCUCUCUGAACCUUGCGAGUAUCCUUCAUGUUUUUCAACAGUUCUUUGUAAAUCUUCCUGGUACUUUAGAAACCAGGGUGUGACUACUUAAUACCGACACUUUUGAAUUCAGAUUGAUUAAUAAAGUCACUCAGUAAGCUGAUUGCCGAGGGAAGAUAUAGAGGAGAGAUGGGCCUGGAGCUGAGAUAAGCAAUUCGAUUUGGAGACAGACACGGGGAACUACAAACAGCUUCUGCAACCGUGGAAGGAGACCUAUGCAUCCGAAGCAGUAGCAUUGCAAACCUUGACUGCUCCAUAAUUCUCUCAGACAAUAGGUAAUCUGAUUAUACCCUCCACUCAGCGUUAUCACCUACCCUGAGAAAUAUUAACAGCUCUCUCUCCUAUAGCUUUUAAGGAAGAGAGUUCCAAAGAUGAAUAUUCCAGGAAUUCCACUAAUGACUCUUUGUAUUGGAAAAGCAGAACAUCCAUCAUGCCCUUCACAACCGACUAUCCUUAUUUAAUGUGGAGGUUCACCAA